AAGAAAUGGUGACUCUUGCUAUUUAUCUGCUAGUCAUCUUGGCUCGAGCUCUUGCGGGGCCUUGUAGCCCAAAUAAAGCAGAUGUAAUUCUGGUAUACUGCUAUCCUAAAACCAUCAUUACCAGAAUUCCAGAGUGUCCUUAUGGAUGGGAGGUUAAUCAGCUGGCACUUGGAGGUAUUUGCUACAAUGGGAUCCACGAUUCAGGAUAUUACCAAUUCACAAUCCCAGACCUGUCACCUAAAAACAAAUCAUACUGUGGGACACAGUCAGAGUUCAAGAAUCCCAUGUAUCACUUCUAUAACUCCAUCGUCUCCAAUGACUCCUCAGUGAUUGUGAAGAGCCAGCCUGUGAAUUACUCAUUCACCUGCACAUACAAUGCCAACUACCUGGUGAACCAGGCUGCCUUUGACCAAAGGGUGGCCACUGUCCAUGUCAAGAAUGGGAGCUCCGGCUCAUUUGAAAGUCAACUGUCCCUCAACUUCUACUCUAAUGCCAAGUUCUCAAGUAUAAAGGAAGCCCCCUUUGUCGUUGAAACAUCAGAAAUUGGUUCUGACAUAUUUGCUGGAGUGGAAGCUAAGGGCUUAAGCGACAGGUUUAAAGUUGUUCUCAACAACUGCUGGGCAACUCCCUCCUCAGAGUAUUUCUACCAGAUCCACUGGCCUUUGAUCACCAAGGGGUGUGCCACGGACUACUCCAUCCUUGUGCACGAGAACGGGAAAACAAACCGGGCCACGUUCCAGUUCAACGCCUUCCGCUUCCGCAACAUCCCCAAGCUGUCCAAGGUCUGGCUGCACUGCGAGACUCACGUCUGCGACAGCGAGAAGUUCUCCUGCCCCGUGACAUGUGACAAACGCAAGCAGCGUGCGGAACAAACUGGAGGUGUUUUAGUGGCGGAGAUCACUGUGCGCACUCGUUGUAAUGAAGAUAAUGCAGAACACCACAGCGGUAGAAUGAACACAUUUAGUCCAUUUGCACGGGCUCCUCGGGCUCCUCCGGGCGCAGUCUCAGCCCGGGGCGCCGUUCCCCGCCGCGCGCAGCAGAGGGCGCUCCCGCUCAGCGCUUCCGGGGCUCCGAGCAGAGAGAGCCGCGCUCCGCGGCGCCGUGUGCUGCACGGGAUGCUCUCAUCGGCCAUCAUCACCCUGCACGGCUUUCGCCCGCGUUUGCUGCACGGCCUCCCCUUCCUCUGCUCCCCUCCCAUUGACACCCCGCGUUUCAGCACCUGCCAAGUGGCUUUACCUCUUCAAAUUCUUGUCCUUCACCAAAGCGUGUUUCUUUCGCCUUGCUUUUACAACAUUCACUGCACUCCUAUUGCGGCUAUUUUAUGCAGAAAGCCUUGA